AUUAUUAUUAUUAUUAUUAGUUUUUGCCUUACAUUUAAUAGUUUUAAUGCUUUAAAGCUGACGGCCCUGCAGUUCUCCCGGAAGCGCUUCCGCGACGUGACCCGGAAGUGGUACUGCACUCCAUCGACCGGCUGCGACUGUCUCUUGAUGUGGUACUUAUUUAUUGCAACAGUAUUUCUUUGAAAAUGUUUCUUACAGCUGUAAAUCUUGCCAGGGCCAAAUCCAAGAGGCUCCUGGUGGAGAUGGUGAGCGCAGCGGGGACGGGAUACACCUUCACUGCCAAAAGGAACCGCCUGAAGGAGAAGCUGGUGAUGCGCAAGCUGGACCCUAUAGUGAAACAGCACGUCCUUUUCAUUGAGAAGAGAAAGAUCCGAACCCUCUGAACAGUGACUGAGCUGUUGCCGUUUUGAACGGCACGGAGGCGCGGGAGUGAGAGGACACUGACACACUGCACUGGUGCUGUGGUAACGUGGAGUUCAUCGGUGACAUCCACUCAUUUUUUGAGAAUGGAGAUGGAACAAAAAUAAGUUCCUCAAACACACACCCACACUCGUGGGACAACUGUAACCUUCAACAGAAUCUCAACAGUAGAACUAUUAUGGACAACAUCUGUUCUUAACCAUUAUGUGUUCCCCACCUCAUACAUUUUUCCAGUAUUCUGGACAACUAGCUUGUUUGCAGUCAUUUCCUGAGCUUCUGAGAUACUGCUUCUGAUAUAGUAAACUGUGUUGGGAAAUAUUCUGGGGAAAAACGCACUCAUUCCAUUUCCUAGCAGAAAGGUCCAGUGGUUAACAUUUGUGAAAUGUGUAAUUUCAGUCUUUAUGUUCUUCAGUAACCUUUUUCUUUUUUCUUGGAAUCAGGUGUUGUAAUAAAAUUCUUUAAAAAUG